UUCUUUUUCUCACGUUGUUGAAAGUUCCUGGAGUUCAAGCACCCAGGGCAGAGCCAGCCCUGCCUGAGCGAGAGGAGCGAGCUCUGUUGUCCCUGGGAGGACAGCAGUGUCUUUAAGAGUGUGCAAUUUAAGUCAUAGUGGCUUCAACAAAUGUACAUAUAUUUAGUCUUCUGGGGAACACCAUGAUUGCUGAGCCCAGCACUCAGACUUCGGUUUGCUGUGUCUAUAACCUAGGUGCCCAGAUCCAUCCUGUGCACGUCCCUCGUGUGUCCCGUUGGGCUGCAGAGCAGGUGGGUCCUUUGGCUGAGCCGUCAAGAGCCAGGGCUGCUGGGCUCUGGCUGAGUGGGAAGGCGGCGGUCCGAUGUGUUGCCUUUGUCAGUGUCAGGAGCUAACAGUGAAUAUCUGCCCAUGCGUGUGAGAUGUAGUUCCAGCUGCCUUUGGGCUUAUAAAUGCACUUGGGGCAUUUUCAUUUUAUGUACAAACUACUUUGGAGCAGAGCGAGGAGGGAGGGCUGGUGCUGCUGCCGCUUCCCUUCCACAGCAGGCAGGCUGAGCAGGCAGCAAGGAAGUCCUUGGCUUUCUUGCAUGGAGGAAGUCAUUACAAACAGGAUGUUUGUCCCAGGCUGCUCGCUGGACACCCCACAGCUGGCGGAACAACGCUGGGCAGGGGGGCUGCACACCCAGCACAGAUAGUUUGAAGGAGCUGCUUUUAGAAUGCUUACAUCGGGCUGCAGUCUGGUUCACAAAUACACAGGACUAUGUUAGGGCUGUGCGAGGCUGCUGAGGCUCAGCAGCAAGCCCUGUCGCCAUGCCUCACCUAUCAGCUGAGGGCAGCUGAGCACGGAGCAGGCAUCAGCUUGGCACGGAGUGGAGAGGCAAAGGGCAGCUCAAGAUCAGCACUGCAGAUAGCGAGGUCACAGAUUCAGCCCUGCCUCGGAGACACGUAGACAAAGGUGUUGUCUGCCUGUGAAUCAAGGAGUGUAACAACAGUCCCAAGCAAAGUAUUAACCCGUAAGCCACAGCCCUUGGGUACAUCUCCUUGUUGCACGGGCUCUUUGCCAAAAGCUCUUUUGUGUUUUUGUGCUCCUCCAAGCUCCUUCUUUGCAGCCAGAGCAGUGAAGUGUCCAUCCUGGGCUCAGUGUCUGGACUGCUUCCCUGCCUGCUUUCAGCUGGGUAGGUGCUGGCACAGCCCCCCAGCCUCCUGCAGCCCCCGGCCCAAGUGCUUGCACGCAGAGGAGGCUGCAUGCUGCUGACACCAGGCCUGUGUUCCCCACCUGGCUUGAUGGUGAAACUUUUUUUUAAGCUGGCCCUGCUCCUGGAAGGAAGGUUUGUACGUGUGGUGUGAGCUAAGGGAUUGGGAGUUGGAUUUAUUUAAAUCAGGAUUUCUGGGCUGAAAUGAGCCCAUUAGGUUUUUUUGGAUGUUCAGACUAUCUAGCCACACCCGUAAUUAUUAUUUGGCAUCUCUGCCCUUGUUGAAAAUGCAUAUUUUAGAAUUUCAUAUAUUUUCCAUAUUCCCAGUGGCUGGCUUGCAGCCUGCUGUGCCUGCGUAAGCACACACAUUCAUGCUGUUUCGGAGGUAGUAUUUCCCUAAUAUUCUCAUUGCUAGCCUGUGAACCAGAAUGAAACCCACUGGAGAUGCAGUGCAGCCUACACUGACCUGGAGUGGGGUCUGUCAUGCUCAGCUCUUCCCCAUGGAGCGACUCUCCCUGCAGCACACCCAGCUGUGCCAGUGGUGCAUGCAGUGCCUGUGCCCUGGGGCAGGAGAUCCCAGCGCUGUGCCCACUGGGCUUGGCUCUCACUGAGCCCUCUGUUUUCCUCCCAGAUUCAAAAUAUAUUCCUCAAGCUGGAGGCUCUGCAGAGAGAGCUUCAGGAAAUGCCAGGCUGGGGUGCACAAAGAGCUGUGAAGCUGCUUGUUGGGAUUUGCAACAGAAGCACCCAUGUCACCUGGAUGCUGCAUUAGCAGCUGAUUUGAAUUGGGCUGCUGGAAGUUUUUGGAUUCCUGAGACUGCUCAGAGCGAAGAGCUGAGCCUGGUGGCAAGGGUGGGCUUCUCAUCAGGUUUCCUCUACUGACUGAACCUAAAGGUUGAACUCGGAGACUCCCUGUCUUUGGGCAGGUGAUUCCCAAAGCUCCUGGCUGCAGCAGGAAAGGAUUGCUCAUGCGGGAUGAGCAAAACUGCAGCUGUGAUUCAGUGAUGAGACAGGUUAAAUUGUGCGGGCAGGUUUCAUGCCAGUCAGAGUGGUGUGAAGAAGUGAUGCUCACACUUACAGGUCUGAGCUGCCUUUGGAUGACGGUGGAGAUCUCUGUGCAGAGAUGGUUGCAGGAGGCAACUUCUGCCUUUGCUAGUGAAGUGCUGAUGCUCUGCUCUAGUUAAUGGUACAAACUCAAGUAAGAAAAAGCGUGAUAACAUCGCCUGUUACUGUGAGGGCUCUGCUGGCCCACUGUCUUCUCCCUGCCAGCCUUGUGCUCAGCUCUGAGUCAGCACAGAUUUGUUCUCCUGAUUUUCAAACCAUUUGAGCGUCUUCCCAAUUGCUUCUCUCCAUCUGCUGCUUCCCCAGCUUGCUCAAAACACUUCCCCCCUCCUGGCCUCUGGUUAUUCUUCUCUGCUUCCUCCAACUGUGCCUGUAUAAUGCUGCCCAACCUGUCUGUGUUUCUCUCAGCAUUGUCUCCCCUCUCGCUCUUGGACCGGGGCCGAUUCUCAUGGCACACUUGGAGGUGUGCUGCAUCUCAGUAUGGGUCCCUGCUCCUGCUGCCCCCUCUCCAGUACAAAGCAGCCAUGUCUUCCAUCAUGGUCCAGGCUGGGAAAUAACGUAUGUUGUGUCCUUGUGUAGGAAGCACAGGAUGAAGGGCUAGGCUGUGACUCACCUGUGGCCGCAGAUCUCAGACCAUGGGGCAGAGGGAGAUAGAACCUCCUCCUCUCGGAUGGAUCAGUGUUAAGUGACAUGAACUCCCCAUGACGGGCAGUUUCAGCUCAGGGAGCUGUGCUGGAAAACACUGCCUGCAGUGUGCUUGGUCCUUGUCCUCAGAGUAAACUCUGGCAUAUUGCCUCUCCAGCACGUCACCCUGCAUUGCUCUAGCAAGGAGUAGAAGAGCUUGUUGGGGCACUAGGCUGUUGAAGUAUCUCUUGUCCUUCUUAACCCCUGGCUGCUUGAAAUUUUUUGAUUGCUUAUCUAAGCAGCCCCAUCUGCCUUGAACGUAAGCAAGGAGCUGGGGUCAGCACCGAGCUGUCCCCAAAGAAGGCUCCAGAGACAGGGAAUGAGGGCACGUGCUCCCUGCAGGCCGUGCAUCUGUGGGCUGAGGUUUAGUGGUGUCGGACUAUGCACAUGGCCCUGUGUCCUGUAUCUUGCACCUUGUGGGACUUGCAUCCCCAGUGCCUGCAAAGUUCUCGAGUGCUUUGUGCCAUGUAUAUUUAAUGCCUGGUGGAUGCAGCCCUGUGGGGCAGGCAGGGGGAGAAGAGGGGAAGGCAGCAGUGGAACGUGGGAGAUGGGCAGGGUUCUGCUCGUGUCCCUGGGAGACAAACAGCAACAAUCUGGCAAAUGCACUCAACCUCUUUGCUCACAUAUUUUUCCCUCAAAUUGCUCGAAGUCAAGAGAGCAAUGAACUACUGAGUAAUGGGAGGUUGGAAGACCCAACUAGCCCUUCCCAUCCCUUCCAAACAAAAUCCUGCCUGAUUUCUCCCUGCCACGUCAGCUCCCAGCUAUGACAGCUAUCUCAUCCUGUUGGCAAGGCCGCGUCUCUGGAGCAGCCUUCGCUCCAAAAGGCGAUGGAAAAAGAUGUAAACAAACACGGGGAGCGGAGCUGAAACCGUCUGCUCUGGCUAGGCCUGCAGAUCAUGAUCGAGUUUUGCCCCGGCGGGGCGGUGGAUGCCACCAUGCUGGAGCUGGACCGGGGCCUGACCGAGCCCCAGAUCCAAGUGAUUUGCCGCCAGAUGCUGGAAGCUCUUCAGUACCUUCACAGCAAAAAAAUCAUCCACCGGGACCUGAAGGCUGGCAAUGUGCUUCUCACACAGGAUGGGGACAUCAAGCUGGCUGACUUUGGAGUGUCUGCCAAAAACGUGAAAACCUUGCAGAAGCGAGACUCCUUCAUUGGGACCCCUUACUGGAUGGCCCCGGAGGUGGUGAUGUGCGAGACCAUGAAGGACACUCCGUACGACUACAAAGCGGACAUCUGGUCCCUGGGAAUUACGCUGAUCGAAAUGGCCCAGAUCGAGCCGCCCCAUCAUGAGCUCAACCCCAUGCGAGUCCUGCUGAAGAUUGCCAAGUCUGACCCUCCCACGCUCAGCUGCCCUUCCAAAUGGUCUCCAGAGUUCAGAGACUUCCUGAAGACAGCGCUGGACAAGAACCCAGAGACCCGACCUAGCGCAACCCAGCUGCUCGAGCAUCCCUUUGUUAGCAAGGUGACCAGCAACCGAGCCCUGCGCGAGCUGGUGGCUGAGGCUAAGGCAGAGGUGCUGGAGGAGAUCGAGGACAACCGGGAUGAGGCAGAGGAUGAUGAUUCAUCUGAGUCGGCCUCGCUGCCUGGAAAGCACAAGCGAGACCCCUCUGAAGUGAGUCAGCUGAGUUUUGAUGGGGACAAGCCUGUAGGGACUGACAAGGAGAUGGUGAACGGACAGAGUGAUAAAGCCUUGGAUGAAGGGAUAAGCAGUGACAGUGACAAGCUGGUGAACAGCCACUCCACUAAAACCCCUGCCACCUCUGGCCCAGAUGAAGGAAAAACCACCCCAGGCAAACCAGACAUCAUCUCGCUGUCUGCACGGCGCCAUAGUUCAGCAGAGGGGGACAAGCAGCCCAUGCCAGGCAGCAAGGAGCGGAGGAGCAUGGUGGACCGGCCAGAGAGCAGCCACCUGGAAAACUUCCCGGAGGAGAAACUUGCCAACGGGAGCUUGGAUUCAUCAGCAGUGUUCCCUGGCAGCCGGUCCAAAGGGGACUCAGAUUCUGGCAGCACAUCAGCCUCAGAAAGUAUGGACCUCACCAUUUCCCUGUCUGCAGACCUGUCCCUCAACAGAGAGAGCGGUUCCAUCUCCCUGAAGGAUUCCAGGAUGCACAACAAGACUCUGAAACGCACCCGCAAGUUUGUGGUGGAUGGAGUAGAGGUGAGCGUCACCACCUCAAAGAUCAUCAGCGAGGAUGAGAAGAAGGAUGAAGAGAUGAGGUUUCUCAGGCGCCAGGAGCUGAGGGAGCUGCGUCUGCUUCAGAAGGAGGAGCACCGAAACCAGGCCCAGCUCAACAGCAAGCACCAGCUGCAGCUGGAGCAGAUGUUCCGGCGCUUCGAGCAAGAGAUGACAGCUAAGAAGAAGUUCUAUGACACCGAACUGGAGAACCUUGAGCGGCAGCAGAAGCAGCAGAUUGAGAAGAUGGAACAGGAUCACUCGCUGCGCCGUCGGGAGGAGGCCAAGCGCAUUCGCUUAGAGCAGGAACGGGACCAUGUGAAGUUCAUGGAGCAGCUGAAGCAGAAGAAGAAGGAGGUCAAAAAUGAGGUUGAAAAGCUGCCACGGCAACAGCGCAAAGAGAACAUGAAGGUGAAGAUGGAUGACUUUGCCCAAAGGAAACAAACCAUGGAACAGGAUUUUUUGGCCAAACAGAAGGAAGAUCUGGAGCUAGCCAUGAAGAAUAUAACUGCCCAGAACAAAAAAGAGAUCUGUGACAAGGAACGCGAGUGCCUGAACAAAAAGCAGCAGCUCAUGAGAGACCGAGAGGCGUGCAUCUGGGAUCUUGAGGAGCGUCAGCAGCAGGAGAAGCACCAGCUUGUCAAGCAGCAGCUGAAGGACCAGUAUUUCCUCCAGAGGCAUGAGUUGCUCAGGAAGCAUGAGAAGGAAAGGGAGCAAAUGCAGCGAUACAACCAACGCAUGAUAGAGCAGCUGAAAAUUCGGCAACAGCAGGAGAAAGCCCGGCUCCCCAAAAUCCAGCGGAGUGAAGGGAAAACGCGCAUGGCCAUGUACAAGAAGAGCCUUCACAUCCACUCGAGUGGAAGUGCGGCUGAGCAGCGAGAGAAGAUAAAACAGUUUUCUCAGCAGGAAGAGAAGAGGCAAAAGGCAGAGCGGCUGCACCAGCAGCAAAAGCAUGAGACACAGAUGAAGGACAUGCUAGCCCAGUGUGAAAGCAACACAAACGACCUCCAGCAGCUGCAGAAUGAAAAGUGUCACCUCUUGAUUGAACACGAAACGCAGAAGCUUAAGUCUCUGGAUGAGAAUCACAACCUGCACAUGAAGGAGUGGCGGGACAAGCUGAGGCCACGGAAGAAGGCCCUGGAGGAUGAGCUAAACCAGAAGAAGCGUGAGCAGGAGAUGUUUUUCAAGCUGAGCAUGGAGGCAGAUGAACAGACCCCAGCAUCCCCAACCAAACACACCAAGUUCAUCCCGUUCAGCUCCACAGAGAGCUCAUAACCCUGCGGCCGGCAGGACACCAGCUGGGCCUUGCUGCAUCCUCUUGGGCUGCAGGGGGGUAUCUUGGACUUGGAAGACUCUCAGCAGCCUCUUCUCACAGCACCCGCCUGUCCCUGCGCUGUCUCUAUGAGAAACGUGCCUCUGUCCUUCACUGGGAGAUGCUACUGGAUGUUUUGGGGGCUUUUCCAGAGUCUGGCCUGCUCAGCAGAGCUCACCACCAGGGAGCUCACCGCUGGGAGGACAGUUUCUGUGGCUUACUUGCACUGUUAGCUGAAUGCAUUGCCUGUGCCAUGAGCCUGGUGCUCAGCAGGCUCAUCAGCUGGAACUGAAGGAUACCAGCCCCGAGCAGGAGCAGCAGGCAGGGCCUCGAGCACACUGCCAGUGGUUAGGCUGCUCCUCCCAGUCCUCUGUAACCGGCCAGCAUGGGACAGAGCAUCUCUGCUGGUGCCUUGGCCUUGUGGCCCCCCACACUUGCCUUAGAUUUAUUUGUAACUGCCAUGGCCCUCUUUGUCUCAAGGGAGACAGCGAUUUGAAUUUUUUUCCUUUUAGGAGAGAGAGUUGGGUUCUUUCUUUCCUCUUCCUCCCAGCACAGACUGCGCUGAAAAGGGACCUGCUGGGCACCCUGUCAGAGUGCCUUCAGUUUCGCAUUGUCAUUUCAUUUGCUGUGAUUGCAGGCACCACGGUCCCUCUGCACCUGGGUAACAUUAUCUUAUCAGGCCCCAGGCUUGCAGCUGAUAACAUGGGGUUCAUCACUGAACCUCUCAACUGCCUGCAGGUUUUUGUCUCUUGCAGAAGUGCAUGUGCAUGUGGGAGUUUGUAAUGGUUUCAGUCCCACGGUGAUGCAGCGAGGGGUUGGCCACAGGGUGUUAUUGCCGCAGCUCUCAUGGUCACACACGUGCCUGAGAUUUUUUUUUUAAGUGCCAUAUAUGUGUGGGCCACGUAAGCCAGCCACUCUGAAGUCAGGGUCACAGGAAGAAGCAAAGGAGUCUUGAAACAAGGAGUGCAAGGGAAGAGGAGAUGCAAAGACAGGUCACGAUGGCUUGUUACCCUGUUUUAUCUCCUCAUGAAGUGCCAUGGUCUCUUGAAUGAUUCUCCUGGCCUUCAGCUUGGCGUCAGGCUGCAGAGAGGCAGAGCAGUGGUGGGCCCUGCCUUCCGUCCCUCCGCUUCAUGGCGAUGUCUCAGGUGGGUGCUGUUCUGCAUCAGCACAAGGCACUGCAUUGCUGAGCUUUGGGUGGGACCCAUAGCACGGACCUGGGAAAGGGAACAGAGACCUCACUGAGCAAGGCCCUCUUUGUGCAAUGGCAGUGACCAAAGGGUGUAUGGUAGCACUUGGGUUUUUCUCUCUUUGAUGUCUGGACAAAUGUUUUGUGCAAGAAGAAACAUCCCUGCUGACAAAAUAACUUUUAAAAUUUCAUGUAUCGGUUCAGAGAUGUACUGCCACUUCAGGACGAGGCGGUGUGUGACACACUGCACUCCCAGCUCCCCAGCUGAAGGAGUCAGCCCCCAGGUCUUUCCUGUUUCUUAAUCUGAGGAGUGUGUUCAGUACCCAUUUAAAGUUCAUAAUACGUAUUUAUAAGCUUCCUGUAAACUAGCAAGGCUACAUUCAUUUGGGCCAUUCUAGGAUUCUUCUGAAUCCGCAUCAUUAAUGUCUUAAUAAACAUAGCCUAGAGAUGUGAGGGCUGGGCCCCUUUGCAAGCAGACUGCGUGGUGACUUUGCAGUAAAUAGACUGUCCUAGGGAGUCUGCCUCUCCCAUCUCCAGAAGCAUUGGCUGUGCCUUUCAGAUACGAUGGCAGAACCAGUUUGGGACAGAAAAAUGAACGAACACAGGUUGAUCGUGAACCAGGACAGUGUGCUUGUCUCAGCCUUUUAGUUGCAAUAGAAAUGUAUGCUAGCAGCCCCAGUGGUUUAGUUCCCUGUCCCGCUGGGUCUGUUCUGUAAAGUGGUGGUUGUUGCAGGAGUCAGUACCUGGCGCGUGGCUCUUGGUUUGGUACCUGUGACCUACAGGAGCACAGUGCACUUGCACUUGCAGCGCAGUGUUGCUACCACACCUUGUCCAGCUGAAGGGGGCUGCAGCCCCUCUGACCGCCAUCUUGCACCAGCCCAGGAGCGUCAGUUCUCUCUGAAUACUGUGCAGCUGUGGGGAUGGAUGGAGAGUCUUUCUGGAGGCUUUUGAAGAGCUGGUUAGAUCCCCUGAGGGAAAUCGGUUGUGCCUUCCUCCAGGCCAGCUUACUCGCAGCCGGGAGUUAGCAGCAUGGCUUAGCUUCUGCUAAUAGAGAAGCAGGGAAUGGUUUUGUCCCCUGCCUGUUCUGCUCCUUCUCCAGGUGCGUGGGGCUCUGGCACCAAACCCUCUCCUGGCAGAGGGCAGGGGAGCACAUCUGACAAUGGCCAUGUUUCCAGGGGGGUUCGUCUGCCUCCCUUUCAGAAGAGGAUGUUUGGUCGUUUCCUUUUCAGAAGUAACCACAAAUAAGUUUUUGUGGGGGGGGGAUGCGGGGCCAUUUUUUAAAACGUGGCUUUGAAUAAAAGGAUUUUUAAAUGUUUGUUUCGAACAACAUCUUCAGUGGAGUCAUCGCGAUGAUGUAAAGAGCCUUCUAAUAAAGUAACAGACUGGGAAACCCA